GACCCUUUAAAGCGUUGCUAUUUUUUCUAACGUGUUACAACUGGAACAGUAAACAGGAGGGUAAAGACCUGUCCAAUGUCCCAGAGUACUCUGACCGUGUGGAGUACCUGGGGAAUAAGAACAGUGACUGCACUUUUAGAAUAAACCAGCUGAGAGAAAGUGAUUCAGCAAUAUAUCGCUUCAAGUUCCUGACCGACCGUUAUGGUGGAACAUAUAUUGGUCAUUCUGGAGUCUCGUUGACAGUUACAGGUCUUCAGGUGAAAGUGACAGAGAAUGAGGCACAGAGUGUAACACUGACCUGUAGCAGCACCUGUACUUUGAGUGGCAGCCCUACCUUUACCUGGUACAAGAAUGGAAAAGUUGUGCCCUAUGAGUGUAAAUACUUCCUCAAUGUAGCCAGCACUGAUGAUACAGAUUUCUACUCCUGUGCUACAGGAGGAGUCACUUCCCCUGCAGUCAAUGUGAAAUAUGCUCCUAAAAACACCUCAGUAUCAGUGAGCCCCUCUGGUGAAAUAGUGGAGGGCAGUUCAGUGACUCUGACCUGCAGCAGUGAUGCCAACCCACCAGUGCACAGAUACGCCUGGUAUAAGAAUAAUAGAGCUGUAUCCUCAGAGACAGGAGUUCCAGAGCACAGUUACACCAUUAAAACCAUCACACUGCAGGAUAUAAAUCUCAAAGUGCUGUGUGUAAAGGUUGAAAUGAAGUCUUACAUAAGGAGAGAGGGAGAGUGAGUGACACAAACCUGUAAAAUCACCUGCACUGACCUGACUGGCAGCCAAACAUUCAUCUGGUACAAGAAUGGACAAUCUCAGUUUUACACCGCCCAGAAAUAUGAAAAUCAUAACUACCUUCAGUUUAAAGCCAGCAGUGGAGAUGCAGGCAGCUACUCCUGUGCAGUAAGAGGCCAUGAGAAUCUCCUGUCCCCAGCAGUGACUCUCGGUGUGAGAUAUCCUCCUCAGAGCAUCUUAUUAUCAGUGCACCCCUCUGGUGAAAUAGUGGGGGGCAGUUCAGUGACUCUGACCUGCAGCAGUGAUGCCAACCCACCAGUGCAGAACUACACCUGGUUUAAGAAUAACAGAGCUGUAUCCUCAGAGACAGGAGGACCAGUAGAGUUACACCAUUAAAAGCAUCACACUGCAGGAUGCAGGAGAAUACACCUGUCAGGCAGGGAAUGGGAUUGGGACAAACAGAUCUCCUCCUAAACGUCUUGAUGUGCAGUUGCCAUCCUGGAGCAGAGCACAGCAAUACUGCUUGGCUCAGAACACUCAUGGAGCUCAGACCUCUACUUCUGUGUCAGACAAUAUAAAAGGAGAUAAGACAGUGCUCGUAUGGACAGUUGUUGGAAUCUCUGUGGCUUUAACACUCUUUACUGUCAUGGUGUGCACAAGCAGGAAGAAGAGCACCAACAGAGAGAGAGGGAGGAGCAGACGCUCUCGUACUAGCAGAGCCUUCAGAGAGUGACAAACGCAGCCAGCGACACAAACUCUGUGCUUCAGAGAGCUGACGAGGCCUCAGUGUGGGAAUAAAACACACAGAGGAGAGAAUCUGCAGAGAAUGAGAAAUGGUGGAGAUCAGGGUGAAAGAGUCUCUUUUUGUCUUUAACUUUACAGAACUGCUGUCUGUUUCUGCUAUCUUAUCCAAUUUAUAAAGAGCUGCUGGUGGAGGAUUUUUCCCGAAGUACUGUAACCCUGCUGCAACAUGCAUGUUCAUGUAACCCUGCUGCAACAUGCAUGUUCAUGUAGCCCUGCUGCAACAUGCAUGUUCAUGCAACCCUAUGCAACAUGCUCCUGUGACACCGUUACACGUUUAUAUAACUCUGUUACACACACGCUCAUAACUCAUGUACAUUCGCAUGUAUUCUCUCACAUUGAAUGGGAAGAUUAUAAAGCAGAUUAAUGCAGAUUAUAAUCUCCAAACUCACGUCACUUUUAAAAGCAAGGUCCAAUAUCUUUUAAAACAGUGUUUUAGCUUUACAUUGCCUUGUUGUAUUGACCUCAUUUUUACUUUCUGUCUGGUUAGCUGUUUGAAAUAAUGCAUCUUUGUGUUUGUUUUCUUUACAUACAUUGUUUUAGUAUGUCUAUCAAUAUAUUAUGAUUUAUUUGAGCAUUGUAAAGCACUGUGAACCUUGAACCUCUGUUUUGAUAAAGAUUAUCAUUAUUUUCUUUAUAUGGCCAUCAUGUUUUGCCUGCAUA